UCCGGGGCCAGGCCCCUCCUGCGCACACUGCCCAGGAAGAGCUGCUGGCAGGAGGAUGUCCUUGCAGCUCAGGAGCGGGGCCCAGCUGCGGCCAGGCCCAGUGAGCGUGUGGGCCGCCGCAGGAGGCGGGCAGAAGGCCGCCAGGGGUGUUGCGGGCGAGCCCAUGAGCGGGCUUGAGCCGGAGAGGGAACCUGGGGGCACCCCUGCAAUGGGUCCCUUAAGGAGACCCGCGAGUGAGCCAGUGAAGACACCCUGGAGGGAGCCUGCCCGCAGACCCCUGAGCGCACCUGCUAGGGGACUCGGACCCACGGGGGAACCAGUGAGGGGACCCGGACCUACGGGAGAACCAGUGAGGGGACCCGGACCCACGGGGGAACCAGUGAGGGGACCCGGACCCGAGCCUGCGCGGGGACCUGGGGAGAGACUGGUGAAGGAGCCGGAGUCCACGGGGGAGCCUGUGGAGGCGCCCAAGGGGGGACCACUGAAGACACCCACGAGGAGAGCCACGAGGAGAGCGCGGAAGACGCUCCUGAUGGAGCUGGUGCAGGGCCCGCAGAGGAAGCCCGUGAAGACAGCGCCCUUGAAGAAGCCCAUGGGGGGGCCUGGGAAGAGGUCUGCGAGGGGAGCAGGGAGGAGGCCCCUGCAGCGACCGAAGAAGAAACCUGUGAAAAAGGGGUCCCUGAAGCCCCCCCUGAGGAAGGGGCCCUCGAGGGGCACGGGGCAGAGGACGAGGCCUGCGUGGGGUGCGGAGGUGCGGGAGACGCGGCGGCGGCACGAGCGGCGUCUGGUGGAGGUGGACAGCAGCCGGCAGCAGGAGUACGACUUCAAGAUGGCGCAGGCGCUGGAGGAGCUGCGCAGCCAGCACGACGAGCAAGUGCGGCUGUACCGCCAGGAGCUGGAGCAGACCUACCAGGCCAAGCUGGACAACGCCAAGCUGAGCUCCGACCAGAACGACAAGGCAGCCAGCGCCGCCCGCGAGGAGCUGAAGGAGGCCCGCAUGCGCGUCGAGGCCCUCAGCUACCAGCUCUCCAGCCUCCAGAAGCAGGCGAGUGCCGCCGAGGACCGCAUCCGGGAGCUGGAGGAGGCCGUGGCCGGGGAGCGGGACAAGUUCCGGAAGAUGCUGGAUGCCAAGGAGCAGGAGAUGACGGAGAUGCGCGACGUGAUGCAGCAGCAGCUGGCCGAGUACCAGGAGCUGCUGGACGUGAAGCUGGCCCUGGACAUGGAGAUCAGUGCCUACCGCAAGCUGCUGGAGGGCGAGGAGGAGAGGCUGAAGCUGUCCCCCAGCCCGUCUUCGCGCAUCACCAUCUCGAGGGCCACCUCGAGCAGCAGUGGCAGCAGCGUGGCGCUGGCUGGACGUGCGGGCCGCAGCAAGCGGAAGCGGCUGGAGGCAGAGGAGUCCCCGGGCAGCAGCUCAAGCGGCCUGGGCACGGGCAGCAGCAGCAGCUUUCACCUGGCCCAGCAGGCCUCGGCCUUGGGCAGCGUCACCAUCGAGGAGGUGGACCUGGAGGGCAAGUUCGUGCAGCUGAAGAACAACUCAGACAAGGAUCAGUCUCUGGGGAACUGGAGGAUCAAGAGGCAGAUCUUGGAGGGGGACGAGAUUGCCUACAAGUUCACGCCCAAGUAUGUCCUGCGGGCCGGCCAGACAGUCACGGUGUGGGCAGCUGGUGCAGGGGUGGCCCACAGCCCCCCGUCGACCCUCGUGUGGAAGAGCCAGACCAGCUGGGGCGCCGGGGAGAGCUUCCGCACCGUCCUGGUCAACGCCGACGGAGAGGAAGUGGCCGUGAGGGCUGUGAAGCAGUCUUCGGUGGCACGGGAGAAUGAGAACGGGGAGGAGGAGGAGGAGGAGGAGGAGGAGGAGGCGGAGUUUGGCGAGGAGGACCUCUUCCACCAGCAGGGGGACCCGAGGACCACCUCGAGAGGCUGUUGCGUGAUGUGAACUCAGCACUCCUCAUUCACACAUCUUUCUUUGCCCAGAGCCACUGAAAACUAUUUUUAUAUCAUUGGCUUUCUUUAGUUCUUGA